CUUGAUGAAAGUUAUUGUAAUUAUCAGGAACUAGAUUUCUUGGUUGAAGCCAAGAACAGCGAGAAAUGCUUGGAUAAUUUUCGGAAGCUAUCUCCUCACUUAGCACCUUAUGUAUAUGCACCAAGGGUGCUUUGGACUCUCAGUACCACAAAGUUAUUAACCAUGGAGUUUAUGGAUGGAGCACAAAUAAAUGAUGUGAGGGCAAUUAGAAGACUUGGACUUCAACCACGUGAAGUUGCAAAAUUAGUUAGUGAAUCUUUUGCCGAAAUGAUGUUCAAACAUGGGUUUGUGCAUUGUGACCCACAUGCAGCAAACUUGCUGGUUCGCCCAUUGCCUUCUAGCAGAAAGGGCAUUCUAGGCAAGAGAAAACCCCAGUUGAUACUUCUAGACCACGGUUUGUAUAAAGAACUUGAUUGUGAAACAAGAACCAACUAUGCAGCACUCUGGAAGGGAUUGAUAUUUGCUGAUGCUAAGGCCAUAAAAGAAAACAGUGUGAAACUGGGAGCUGGAGAGGAUUUGUAUGCAUUAUUUGCUGGAAUACUUACUAUGCGGCCAUGGAAUAGGGUAAUUGAUCCAGCUGUUGAUCACUUGGUCAUACAAGGCGGUGAUAGUGACUGUUCCGAAUUACAGAUGUAUGCUUCUCAGUAUUUCCCUCAAAUUUCAGAGCUUUUGAGGAGGCUCCCGCGUGUAAUCCUUUUAAUGCUGAAGACAAAUGAUUGUUUACGAGCAGUUAACAAUUGUCUGUUACAGGGAUCUUCUCUUGAGACAUUCUUGAUCAUUGGAAGGGUCUCUUCUGAAGCUGUUAUUGAGGCUAAAUUGUUACAAAAGAAAUCCUUCUUGCCUUGGUUGAAUGUCUGGUUGGAUGAGAUCUUGUUGGAAGCUCGCCUUCUGGGAAUGCAGGUGGCCCUGUGGCUUUUGUGGCUUAGAAAAGCUCUUUGUUGGUGUAACUGAAGAUGUAUCAGUCUCUUAAGUCUUAUAGUUGUUUUUUGUUUCGGCUCGGAGAUUCUUUGGCUCCACGCUCAUGAUCUCGGAACAACAUGCAGGGUCUUGAUCAUGGAUCCGACAAAAAUUCAUUUUUUAAGGUUGAGUAAGUAAAUGAUUCAUAGCAUCUUGUUUCAAGAUGCAUAGAAAAUGCUCAAAAACUUUCUGGGCACAAAGUGAGAGACCAAAAGAAACCUAUAAUUUAUUCCGGAUAUUACUUCCACCCAAAGAGAGAAAUUUGUCAAGUGAUUAUAGAAUUACAGACUGGUACAUUGAAGUGAUUGUUUAACAGAUUCAUUUCCAUCGGGAAUUGAUGUUUAGGAAAUAAAAACUUGGGUUGUUGUUGAUUUUAUUAUUAUUUUCUAUCGGCUAGCAAUGUUGUUAUGUAUUUUAUGCUUGUCACAUGUUGGCCGUUCAAAAUAAAACACCUUAUCAGGUUUCUGUUAUACCCGUUUAAACAUUACUCCAAGCACAAGACUCUGGUUGGUGGCAGAGGGUAGAAAAGAAGACAUGGUGGGGCAGACAGAGAGAAAAUAGUUGGAUAAUGACAUCUCUGAAGAAGAAAAUUCCUGUUUACCUUCAUGAGUGAAAAAUUCACUGUUAUGUUGCCAAAAGAAAAAAAAAAUGUAGGUAAAUUGGACAUGUUUACUUGGUAGCUUUGAGAAGCAAAAAUCCGAAACCAUCCAGACUCGGUCCGACUCGCUGAGUCGGGAUGUGAGUUGUUGG